GAUUUUAUUUGGUUAGCCACAACAGUUUUUUGACGAGCCUUCAAGUGAAGACGAUCUCAAGUUUUAAGCGCGAGCAAGUGUCGUAUACGGUUUGUCUAAGAAAGCUGCACGAGUACUAUAAAUCUAAUAAACAAAUUAAAAGCUCCUUGAAGUUAUUAAGAUCAUGAAGACAUCAAUGCUGUUGUUCGCUGCCGCCGUUGUGGCCACACUCUCAUUCAUUGGCAGCGUCGAUGCACAACGCGGUUUGCCGCUACCACAGGCGCGCGGCUACGAAGCCAAUGCGGUCAUUCUGAAGCAGGGCUUCGAUCUAAACCCCGAUGGCUCCUACACAUACAACUAUGAAACAAGUAACGGUAUACGCGCUGAUGAGGCGGGCUACUUGAAGAAUCCGGGUACACAAGUGGAGGCGCAGGUCAUGCAAGGAUCUUACUCCUACACCGGUCCCGACGGCGUCGUCUACACAAUCAAUUACAUAGCCGAUGAGAAUGGCUAUCGUGCUGAGGGUGCACAUAUACCAACACCACCACCACCACGUGCCGGUGGUAGGUUCUUCAAAUAAGUUCACAUAGAACUAAGAACCCAUCCCAUAAUAACUUAAAUACAUCAUUACUUACAUACAUGCGUACAAGUUCAUACAAGUAAGACGUGAUCAAUGCUAAUUAACGUGAUAUUUUGCAACAACCACAAUGGAUACAACUCACUGCUAUAAUACACACACUUAACUUAAACUUAAAACCGAGAAGCAACAACACAACGUACAUGAAUAACGAAGCCCAAGAACUUGGCGAAGAAAUAGAGGAACUCAGUUAUUACAACAAAAACCGGCGAACUGUGGCAACACUGAGCAGCAGCGCUUAGCUAUGAACGUAGCUAGUGGGUUGCUUAUGCGUACUUAUUUUUGUUGGGGACCUAUUGAGUCGGCCUCGUUUGAAGAACUGCUCGUAUGACAAUUUCUCUCUACAAACACACAUACACGGAUAUAUUCUUACUUAUUUAACUUUUAACACUUUUUUUCAAUUUAUGACUAACUAAAUAAUCGCUAAUGGUUUAUGCUCUCAUCUUUAUUUCAAACUCUUCUAACCUCACUUUUGCACUUUCAACUUAUUUCUUAAAUU